AAUCAUUAUUCAGACUGCCUCUUCUUAUACACAUGGGUUGUGUCAUUGCCAUUAUCAGCAUCGUAGGAUUUCAGGUGAAAACGAAUGCGAAAAGCACGAGCUGUGUUUUACGGCAUUGCGUUUAUUUUAGCGGAGCUAUUGUCAACACGUUCUUUGAAAAUUGGCAAGGUCAGAAAAUUAUAGAUUACAGCGAAAAGGUGUACAAGGCUGCAUAUAAUGCACAGUGGUACGAAAUGCCAAAUGCAGAAAGAAAGCUCUUAAUAAUGAUAAUGUUAAGAAGCAUAAAACCGUUGGAAAUAACUGCCGGCAAGGUCAUUAUAAUGUCUUACGUGAAUUUCAAUGCGGUGUUGCGUUUGUCGUCAUCAUAUUUUAUGUUGCUACAAUCUAUGCAAUGAAGUUCAAAAGUAACAAGCAAUAUUUAUCAUUUCGGGUGUUGGCCAUCACGAUUUAAUUUAUUAACUGAUCCAUUAGA